AUGGACUGUUCUUCUCCUUCCACUUCCAUUAGGCUUGUUGCUUACGAUUUUUCCCAUCAUUUCACCCUCCUCAUCGUACAUUGGCAGGGCCAUCUUCUUUUCCACGAAGGGGAGCCGAGGCCGACGAACGGACGGACCACAUCUCCGGGGUCUGAUGGAGCAGGCAGGCUGCAGCGUAUCAUGGCGCGACCCUCAUCUCAUUACCAAGAGUUAGAUGGCGACAUGCAAACCGUAACACAGGGAAAGGGAUCGAAACGCAAAGGAGGGAAGUUUAAGCGGUCAGAUGGCAGUUUUUCAGACAGUUCCAACAGCUUCAUUCGACAGGUAGGUGUUGUUUUGAUUGAUUACCUCCCUGCCAGCAGCCGAGCAAAAUGGCGACUUCAUCACAUCAUUACCAACCACGGUUAUUUUAUUACACAUCUACCUUCUCAAGGUAGCCUGAUCUCUCCGCACAACACACAAAUCCAUAUCUGUCCGUCUAUCUUGGCACUGGCAGGAGCGCUACAGCAAUUAAUGUUUUUUUUUCGUUUUUGUUUUUUUUUUGCACCCUGUGUUCGUAAAACAGAAAAAUGCCAAGAAAAAUUGUGA